CUUCAUUUACUUUCAUUUUCGUUUUGUCUGCUAUGGCAGUGAAGAGAGUGGCCGUGAUCGGGGCGGGAGCAGCUGGUCUCUGCUCUGUACGUCAUCUGAGUGCCAGUCCUGAUCUCUUUAGUGUAGUUUGUUUUGAACUUAGUUCUACUAUAGGGGGGACAUGGAAUUACACGGACAACACAGGAAAGGAUAAGAAUGGUCUACCAAUCCAGUCCUCCAUGUACAAAAAUCUCAGGACAAAUUUACCAAAAGAGGUCAUGGCUUUCCCCAACUUUCCUUUCCAAGCUUCUUUGCCUUCAUAUAUAACACAUGAGUCUGUGUUAGAAUACCUGAAAAGUUACUCAGACUACUACAAUCUUCAUAAACACAUCAAGCUAAACACAAUGGUAACCACUGUGAAAUCAAGACCAUGUGAGGGAAGCAGAGAAUUCUGGGAUGUAUCAUACUGUGCUGUAGACGAUCAGAGUAAGGUUCACAGUGAGGAAUUUGAUGCUGUUAUGGUCUGUAAUGGGCACUAUUCCCUUCCAUUGUAUCCCACUAUUCCUGGAAUGGAAAGCUUUCAGGGUCAGGUGAUCCACAGCCAUGACUACAGGAGUCCUGAGCUGUUUCGGAACAAAAGAGUUGUGUGUCUCGGAGCUGCUGCAUCAGGACAGGAUAUCGCUAUCGAUGUCUCACACGAAGCCAAAAUAGUGUACUUGAGCCACAAUAAACCCCCUUUACAGACCUACCUCCCAAACAAUGUACAACAGAAACCAGGGAUUAAGGAGUUAGGUUCUAAGUCUGUCAUCUUUAACAAUGGAGAUGAGGCCAAGAUAGACGUUCUCCUUCUGUGUACAGGAUAUCACUACCACUUCCCCUUCCUGUCCGAUGACUGUCAGGUCCAGAUCUCAGAUGAGAGACUCACCCCACUGUACAAACAUUUAAUCCACAUUGAUCAUCCCACAAUGGCUUUCAUUGGAAUUCCUAAAACAAUCUGUCCAUUUCCCCAGUUUGAUGUUCAAGUGCGAUUCUUUUUGUCCUCUUUAUCUGGGAAAAUCAAACUUCCAUCAGGAGAAGAGAUGAAACAGGACAUGGAGUGUGAUUUUGAGAGGAGAUUGGCUCUGGGAUUUCCCCCACGGUACGCCCAUGUCCUUGGGCCUAGACAAUGGGAGUACAAUGAUGAGCUAGCAGAGUUAGCGGGAGUAGAGCUUAUUCCCAGGGUUGUGCAGAAUCUUUAUGACUAUGUUCAUGAAACCAGAGUCAAAGACAUAGUGCACUACAAGGACAAUAACUAUGAACUUGUUGAUUCUGAAAGAUUUAGAAAUCUAGAAAAGGAGUCCUGAAAUGACUAAAACUUGCUGAUUCAAUAGUUUAAUAAAUAUAUAUAAAAAAAUUUAUAAAUUAUUACACAAUUUGUUCUCAGUCUAGUACAAAGGACUGGGUAAGAUUGUAUUGUUUUGCUGCCUACCUCCAGGUCAAUUUUCAAGUUAUCAUACUGGAAUGAUUUUAAUGUAUAUAAAGAUUUGAAUUUUUAUAA